UCAAAACGGCAGGUUUUUUUUGUGGGAUAAGUUGUAAUGGGUUUCCGAGAGGCUGUUUUGUUAGGAUUUGUGCUUCUCCUCUCAGGUGAAAAUCCUUGUGCUGCAACACAAAACUGGUCAAACAUGAGCACCAUCGAAACUCCGACCCGAAUCCCACAGGAGCACGGGACGACGAGCUUACAGCCGGCAGGGGAUCCGGGGUCAAACUGGACGGAGCACGGCGCUCCGCUCCGCUCCCCCGUCACCUACCGGCUUAAGGUCCACCAGCUCCGGACGCCAGAGGCCGUGACGACGACGACGCCGACGCCGUCGACGACGACGCCGCCCAUUGAGGAGCAGACGCACACUUCUCAAAGCCCGCAGUGGUGGGAGGCUGACGUGCUCACCUCGGAGCAGCUGGAGCCAGAGGUGACUGUGCUGGAGCCAAGGUCGUUAAAACCCACUGAAGAGUCGUUCAUACUCCAAGGCCCGGACCUGGACCCACCUGGCGAGCCGGACUCAGUGGUUCAGACGCUGAUGAUUGAGGAGCGGGUGCCCGUGCCAGCCGACACCGUGGUGGCGCACUGUGGCGAAGGAGAGGUCACCGUGGAGGUCAAACGGAACUUCUUAGGAAACGGCCAGUUGAUCCGUCCAAUUGAUCUGACCCUCGGCGGCUGCCCCGCACUGGACUCCCCUCACCACAUCCUGCGGUUCCAGUCGGAGUUACAGGACUGCAGCUGCACAUUUAGGAUAACUGAAGAAGCCCUCAUCUACUCCUUUUUACUGAUUUACACUCCCACUCCCAUUGGCAACACCUUCAUUUUAAAGACCAACCCUGCUAAGGUGGUAAUUGAAUGCCACUAUCCAAGGCGGCUGUUGGUGAGCAGCAGCGCCGUGAGACCCACCUGGAAGCCGUUCCUCUCCAGCAUGUUAUCGGAGCAGCGGCUGCAAUUCACCCUGCGCCUCAUGACAGAGGACUGGCAGUCGCCGAGGCCUUCCAACUCUUACCGCCUGGGCGAGGUGAUGCACAUUGAGGCGGUGGCCCUCCGGGGCCACCACGUUCCCCUGAGGGUCUACGUGGACAGCUGCGUGGCGACGGUGGGCGCCGACCCCGGCUCUCUGCCCCGAUACCCCUUCGUCAGCAACCACGGGUGUUUAAGUGAUGCUAAGCUGACGGGAGCCAAGUCUUACUUCAUGCAGAGGAGCCAGGAGGAUACACUUAACUUCCAGCUGAGAGCCUUCAGGUUCAACCACGAGCACAAGCAUUCACUCUACAUCACAUGUCGCCUGAAAGCCACAAAAGUGUCCGCGCCCAUCGACUCGCAGAACAAAGCGUGUUCCUUCUUGCCAGAAGCUAACCGAUGGGUGGCAUCAGGUGGAGACAACAAGGUGUGUGGCUGCUGUGAGACCAGCUGCAGCAAGGGGAGAAAGAAACGAGGCCUUGAAGCAGAUGUCGAUGCGCAGUGGGAGGGGACGGUGGCGGUGGGCCCCAUCCUGUUGGAGGAGAGCCCCAUCCUGUUGGAGGAGAGCUUCCUUUUGGAGGAGAACAUCCUGCUGGAGGAGCUGACGGCGCAGUCGGAGCUCCAAACGCACCAAGUGGCACAAGCAGCCUCCUCUCCGUCAACGGCCCUGCUGUGUGGAGGGGGAGUGGCGCUGGCCACGGUGCUGCUCGUUGUCAUGGGGGCCAUCAUUCGCAGCCGAAGCCACAAACUCACUGAACACUCUGUUGGCACCUGAUUCAAGACAAUAAAACGUAUACCUGUAUUCUAUGCUGAA